AUGCCCUUGGAAUACAAAAACAUUUGCAUCGCAUUGUAUGAUUAUUCGGCCCAGGACAGUGAAGAGAUCUCAUUUAAGGAAGAUGACAUACUCUACAUUUUGGAAAACGAUGACGAAGAAUGGUGGAAGGCUAAGUUAAAGAUUGCAAAUGAAGAAGGAGAAGAGGGUGCAGACGGUCCAAUCGGGGUUGUACCAAGUAACUACAUACAGGAGGCCGAGUGUUCUGCCGUAAUGAAAGCUUUAUACGACUAUGACGCGCAGACGGACGAAGAACUAACAUUCAAAGAAAAUGAUAUAUUACAUCUAUAUGAUAAGGACGAUCCCGAUUGGUAUUUGGUCAAGCUUAACGAUGUUUUUGGUUUCGUACCAGCUGCCUUUGUUGAAGAGUUUUCUCCUGAUGAAGAUGAACAACCAUCCGAGAGUCUGCCGGGUAACCAAAAAUCUUUAUCUGAUGCUAUAUCGAAUGCACCAGAACAGAAUGGUAAUUAUGUGGCCCCAUUACAAGCAUAUGCUCGCAAAGUUGCUCACCAAAAAUCCAGUGGGCCAUUUGAAGUCAAGACAUGGUCAGUUUCGGAAUACUCCAGUGACAAGAAAAAAAAGAAAAAGAAAGGUACAUUGAGUAUAGGUGGUGACAAAAUUUUUUACGCUAGCGAAUCAGAUAAGGCACCAGUUCAGCAAUGGAAUAUCAAUGAAUUAUCAGAUGUCAAAUACGAGAAGAAACGUAUCACAAUAUCAAUUAGUGGUGAGAAGGCAGCAAAAUUUGAUUUUAAUACAAGUAAAGGCGAUGCGGAGGCUAUUUAUAAUAAGAUACAGGAAAGUUUGGCGAGACUGGAAUUGCCAACAGUUAAAUUGGAUACACCAUCACGAUCUUUAACCCACCAAGCUCAAGAGUAUGAAGAGGAGUAUGAAGAGGCGUAUGAAGAGGAGCAAGAACCUGAAGUUAUUGAAGACGAAACGGAGGAGGUCAAUGAAGAAGAUUUGCCACCACCCAAAUUCGGUAUUGCCUUAUAUGAUUUUGAAGCUCAGGGAGACGACGAGAUAACAAUUCACCAGGGGGAUAGAUUGUGGGUUAUAGAUGAUGUUAGUAGUAAAGAUUGGUGGACAAUUCGUAAAGGUGACGAAGAAGGCGCUGUGCCUUCCUCCUAUAUUGAGAUACGUGGAGACCCAGACUCUGAUAAUGCUGAGGAAGAGAAACGCCUAAAACUUGAAGAGCAAAUACGAAUCAAACAGGAAGAAGAAAGACUGAAAAAAGAAGAGGAGAGAUUAAGAAAGGAGGAAGAGAGGCUAUUGAAAGAAGAAGAACGUCGUAAACGCGAAGAAAAAGAAAACGAACGGAAGCGACGAGAUGAAGAAAAACGUUUACAAGAAGAGAAAAAACAAAAACAGGCUCUCCAGUCGCAAACGCCGCCGGCACUGCCAAAUGACGAAGUUACCAAAAAAGCUCAGACCCCUACGAAUCAGCCCAUCCCGUCAAAAACAAGAACAUGGUCAGAUAGAACUGGCGCUUUUAAAGUCGAAGCGCAAUUUCUUCAAUAUAUUGACGGCAAAGUCCAUCUUCAUAAACUUAAUGGCGUUAAGAUUUCAGUGCCCAUUGAGAGAAUGAGCAAAAGUGAUCUAACCUAUCUAGAGGGGAUUACGGGAGAAAA